CACUAAACCCACUAAACAUGAUUACAGUACUUGGUCUCUAUCCUCCUCCGCACCGCCGCGAUGACUGCUUCCCCCAUGCCGAACGGAUACAGUUUGGCCGCUAGCUACUACCGCCUCAAUGCAAGUGGCGAAUCUUCCCUCGACAGCAAUGUCAUCGAGGCCACGAAGCCAAGUGAGAUAGUAGUAAAGCAGAUUGACGACGUCCCGGGAGUUAGCGUGCAAGUACCGCGACUACCACUAAGCAAACUCAACUGGAAAAAUCGAGCUCGAUUUCUGGAAAUGAUGGAACGCCACUCGUUCGUGGUGCUUACAGACCUCGGUGAGAAGCUGGAGGGCACGCACGACCAGGUGUUACAGGAGUUCGAGGCGUUCUUCACUAGCGAUGAUGAGGACUGGAAAAACGGUUGCACCAGCAAGCACGUUUACCUCAAUGAGCACGGUAAACCGUUUUGGUAUGCUGGAUACGAGCAUACAAGUGUGCGCGACUGCUUCCGCGUGGCAUGCGGGGAUAUGUCGAGGCUGGUGUGGCCAUCGCCAGAGUUCAAGAAGCACUGGCUGUCUCUUCAACGCCGCAUGCAACGCAUCUGUGACCGGGCGUUGAGCUUGACUGUCGGCUACGAUAUUGAGCCAAGUCAUUCACGAACCGACAAGGACUUUUCUGUGUGCUACGGUCUGCACUACCCGAACAUUGAGGGUAGCGGACAAUCCGAGACGGAAAACGUUUUCGAACAUGUGGACCCGAGUCUGUUCGUCGUGGAACCUGUGCCUAAUGUGGAGGGGUUGGAUGUGUUCGACCAACACUCCAAGCAGUGGCUUAAGGCCGAGAAGGUGUGCGUCCCUGGUAAGGAGAUUGUGCUCUUCUGUGGUCACGCCUUGAACCGAGCCACGGAAGGUCGGAUCCCAGGAACGCUGCAUCGCGUUCGACGCACCCCAGACCGAAGAUUCUGCAUCAUCUAUGAGCAAAAGUAUGAGGAGUAUUUCCUUUAACUAUGGGUGGACGACGCUGGUCUAAUGAACAUAGUAUCCAAACACGAAAAAGGAUCCUAUCCGACGUCCUUGACCAGCGCUACCUGGACAGUACUCCCCGGACCACCAACGUUGACGUAUCAAACACGCAGGGCUGCAUUCGAAAAAAAAAAUUGUCCUGAUUGUACGGAUAACAACAUAUCAUAUAUCCAUGCUGAUUCAACUUUCGAUGACGAUGAUCACCCCAAUACUGAC